GGCCUGUGGUCUCUCCUUUGUGCAGCAGGGCUGGGAUGGGUAGAGAGUGACUGGGGGGGCAUGGGGUACAUCAUCACCCACCAUGGUGGACUGGCAGAGAGCAAAUACCCCCAGCACCACUUCACAGGGUUUUUCCAAUACAGCAGCCAUCAUGGACAAGUGAAAACACUAAGUCUGGGACAGUAGGCUUCAAUUGAUUCCCAAAAAUGCAGGGUGAGGUGAUACAGGAUGAUGCUGGGGCGACCGACAACAUCCCCAAAGGUAACAAAAGUGCCCCACAGAGCCCUCUGAGAGGCACCCUCCGGAGAGCAGCCGCUGCUGUCUCUUUUGAAGGGGUCACCACCAGUGAGGCCACUAUCGAGAGGAAGAAGAGGAAAAAAAAGGAGCCACGGCCGGAGUCGAUAAUCGUGUAUCGAUCGGACAAUGAGAAAUUCUUGGAAGAAGAGCAAGCCAAUCAGGAAGGAGGCGAGAAGAGCACUGAGGAGGGAGCACGAUUUGUCGGAACACCAGGUUCUGAUGGAGGUUGGCGUUUGCCCCCGGACAAUCGUUAUGUCACCUUAACUGGCACAAUUACCCGUGGAAAGAAGAAGGGACAGAUGGUGGACAUUCAUGUAACCUUAACAGAGAAAGAGCUCCAGGAGCUUGCAAGAUCCAAGGAUCCUUUACAAGACGAGCCAAUGGAAAGCAAGCAGGCCUGUUCAGUUGGGUGGGACAGGGGUCCUCACAUUCUCCUCUGGAGCAUUCUUUGUUUGCCAGUUAUAUUUGUUCUUUCGUUUGUGUUAUCAUUUUAUUAUGGAACCAUCACGUGGUAUAACAUCUUCUUGGUUUAUAAUGAGGAAAGGACUUUCUGGCACAAGAUAACAGUGUGCCCCUUCCUGAUGAUCUUCUACCCCAUCAUUAUCGUGGUGCUAUCUGUGUCGCUAGCUCUGUAUGCCUCACUGGCCCAGAUCGCAUGGUGCUUUGGUCAGUGGUGGCAUGCUGUGAAGGACAUGGAGAAAGGUGUUUGUGGUUGGAUCUGCAGCAAGUUGGGUCUAGAGGACUGCUCUCCGUACAGUAUUGUGGAGUUACUAGAUUCAGACAAUAUCUCUGGAAGCCUUUCUGCAAAGGGGUCCACGCAGGGUGUGGAAACGUCGGCAGUUUGAUUCACUGGUCUUCAUUUUUUAUUUAUUUUUUAUUCUUUGCAAAUGCUUGUUGAUACCUGUGGUUUUGUUUGUUCCACGAAUGAUGAAAGCUCCAAACUCCUGGCCUGGCAACUUACUGACACAUGACUCUCUAUUCAAAGGAAUUUCACUGCAAAAGAUGCAAGAGAUUUCUGUUUUAAUGGUUUGCAGGGUCAAUGACUGACAACACAAUGGCAACUUGAUUCAAUUAAGAGUGGCUCUGUCACGUAACCAAGACUCAGGGCAAUCACAAUCUGUUCUAAAGAUUUCUUCUUGCCUUUUGAACACUAUUACACCUAACGUAGACAGUGUUUAUAGUUUGCAAUGAUCAAUGCAUUGUGUUACCAAAUAAUAUGCACUUUUAAUGUGAUAAAUGGGGAAACCAGACAGGUAAUAGCCAUAUAAGACAUGCAGACCCCUUAAGCAUAGAGACACAUAUUCACUGAUCGCUGGCUCCAUUAAACAAGGCCGUCAUUAUUGGGAUCUUCCUAUACGUAUAUAUAGAUCCUCAGAAUUGCUGCAAAAUAUACAUCAAAUACAGUUCACAUUAUGUAAAUGCCUUAUGGAGCUAACUGGACAUUUUUUAACACUUCCAAUCUGACCAUGUGGUUUAUGCAGAGCCCUCUCAAUAAAUAUAUAUCAUUCAUUUGGAAUUAAUCUGCAUAGAUGGACACAUUAUGGUCAGAAAGAGGGCAGACUCAUCACACUGAAAAUCCCUCUCUUUAUUUUCUAACUAAUCUAAAGUUUAAAGAUAGACCUGUAUAUAUUCUGUUACUUUACACUGGACCCUUUCUAACUGUAUGCUGCUUGCUAUUCGCCGAGUGCAAUCUACGGAUCGGUUAUCCAUCCUACAUAAUGUCCCUUUAUAAUUCACAAAUCAUUUUAAGAUGGACGAAAGGUAAAUAUUGAACUUUUGAUUUAUUUUGAUGUUCCCAAACUCUGCAAAAAUUUACCGACUCGGCUAUAGUGACAACGUAUAUAACUG